AUGUGCAUCUUGCCUGUACGUGUUCUAAAACAUUCUCUCUCUGACCCUAAUAUACAAAACACUAAAAGUGUUAUUUCCUUCUUAGAAGGUCAUUGUUUACCUGAAUGGGAUGGAAUAAUUUGUUGGCCCCAGAGUCCUCCAAAUGAAAAGGUGGCUGUCUCAUGUCCAGACUACAUCUAUGACUUCAACCAUAAUGGUCAUGCCUACAGACACUGUGAAAUCUACGGCAACUGGCAAUUGGUACCCAACACAAACAAGACAUGGGCCAAUUACACAGAAUGUGCCACCUUCUUCACCCCGGAACGGCAGAAGGAAGAAAAGGAAGUGUUUGACCGCCUGCGCAUCAUCUACACUGUGGGCUACUCCAUCUCCCUUGUCUCUCUUGUGGUUGCCAUGUACAUCCUCUGCUACUUCAAGCGACUUCACUGCACUCGGAAUUACAUCCACCUCCAUCUCUUUGCCUCUUUUGUCUGCCGAGCCAUCAGUAUCUUUGUGAAAGAUAUUGUGUUGUACUCCACCUCACGACUGGAAGGGUUGCACAAGACGCAAUAUGGUGACUGGGAUGCUGAAGAGCUCAGCCUCACAUUGGGGUCCAGAACCCAGCUGGGAGGUUGCAAGGUAGCUGUGACGAUCUUCCUCUAUUUCCUGGCUACCAACCACUACUGGAUCUUGGUGGAAGGCCUCUACCUCCACAGCUUGAUCUUCAUGGCUUUCCUUUCCAACAAAAACUACUUGUGGGCCCUUACGCUCAUUGGGUGGGGGGUGCCAGCUGUCUUUGUGUCUGUCUGGGCCAGCGUAAGAGCAUCUCUGGCUGAUACACAGUGCUGGGACCUUAGUGCUGGAAGCGUGAAAUGGAUCUACCAGAUUCCCAUCUUAGCCGCAAUUGUGGUGAACUUUUUCCUCUUCCUCAAUAUUGUGAGAGUCCUUGCCUCAAAGCUAUGGGAGCCAAAUGCAGGGACGUUAGAUCCCCGCCAACAGUACAGGAAGUUACUGAAAUCCACUUUAGUCCUGAUGCCACUCUUUGGUGUCCAUUAUGUGGUGUUCAUGGCCAUGCCAUACACAGCCAUCUCCAGCAUCCUUUGGCAAGUACAGAUGCACUAUGAGAUGCUCUUCAAUUCUUUGCAGGGUUUCUUUGUGGCUUUUAUCUACUGCUUCUGUAAUGGUGAGGUGCAGGCAGAGAUUAAAAAAGCUCGCUUCCGGAGAAACCUGGUCCUAGACAUAAAGCAAAAGACCCGAGCUACCAGCACAGGAGGGAGCUACUACUAUGGGGGACUCAUGUCCCAUGCCACCAACAGUGUCAGUCUGAGUAUGGCUAGCUGGGGGAUCGCCUCUGCGACAGCUAUAGCUAUGCCUCUGGGGGCCAAAAACUGGCUGGUGCAUCUAGCUCCCACUGCUUCUGCAACAGAAUACAUCUCUGGCUCCUUUGUCCUAGAUGGAUUACCAAGGCAAACAAUGGCACAGAAAGCUCAUGUGGAGAAUAUCAGUGUUUUGGGAAAUUGCUCCAGCUUGAAAGAAGAGUUAGAAACUAUGCUAUAAAGAGAACUUAUGAACGUGAUAUUA